CAUACAGUUUCUGUACCUAUAUAUACAUAUAUUUUGGUUACAUAUCUUAAGAUUUGCAGAUCAUCAGAGCAGUAAGAGCAAGUUAGCAAAAAACGCUAAGUAUCAGCAACAUAACAUAAUGGCUGGAAGGUGGUCUCUUCAUGGCAUGACGGCCCUUGUCACCGGUGGCACUCGUGGUUUAGGGCAUGCGAUAGUGGAAGAAUUGGCAUGUCUUGGUGCGACUGUGUAUACGUGCUCACGUACUGAGAAAGAGCUUGAGGAGUGCAUUCAGAAUUGGAAAGCCAAGGGAUAUAAGGUUUUUGGUUCUGUAUGCGACAUCUUACAACCGUCUCAACGUGAAAAUCUAAUCCAAUUAGUCAGCAAACAGUUCGAUGGAAAGCUCACCAUUUUGGUAAACAAUGUGGCUAUACUUAUACCAAAAGAAACUUUAAAAUCAGAUGGUCAAGAUUUCUCUAACACUAUUGGCACAAACCUUGAGGCUUCUUUGAACCUUUGCCAACUUGCACACCCAUUGUUGAAGGCCACAGGAAAUGGAAGCAUUGUCUUCAUCUCUUCAUGUUCUAGUUUUGUUUAUGCUCCUUUUCAUACUAUAUAUGCUGCAACCAAAGGGGGUAUUAAUUCACUUGUGAGGAAUUUAGCUUGUGAAUGGACAAAUGACAACAUUCGCGUCAACGCUGUUGCUCCAUGGCUUAUGAGAACCUCUCUUACUGAAUCAUCAAGAGAAGAAUUUGGGGCAGUAAUAGAAGCUUUGAUCGGACGGACACUACAACAUCGGCUUGUAGAGCCAAAAGAAGCUUCAGCGGCGGUGGCAUUCCUUUGCUUUCCGGCGGCUUCUUCUAUCACCGGUCAGAUCAUUCGUGUGGAUGGUGGUGCAUCAGUCUAUGGUGUUUGAACAAUUAUUGAACCCCCAUAUGAAAUAAGGACUGUAGUCUUUAAACGCAAUUAUAAGAGAUUUUUAUGUGUGAUUUUUUUUUUUUAAAUCUUAGCUUUACCAUACUUAAUUUACCUUGACUAUAUGUAAUGCAAAAGUUAUAUUGUAUUUUAAGGUAUUUUUUAAAGUCAAUUAUAAAUUAGGUUAAUAAUUUCA